AUGUGGAGAAAGGACUUGCCGGUGGUCCGUUCCGCACCUCUCACCAGACCCCCUCAACCGCUGUACCAAUUUCAGUUAGAUGAAUCUUCCUUCUCGGUACCGUUCUUUCCGAAACCUCCAUCUGCCUACACGAUCAAGGAGAUCUCUCCCAACAUCAACAAGAAGCCUGAGUGGUCAGGUCAGAUCAGAACCCAACCACUUCAUCACAGUCUUCCGAAAAAACCUCCUCAACAAUCGCCUGUCAAAAGACGACCUCCUCCAAUCACGCCAAAUUUCUCUCAUGGUCCGAAACAUCGGAAUCGCUCCUUCUCGUCUAAUCCUCAGCUACUAACGCCUGUAUCAGCAACAAUUGAUCUUCCCACAUUCCCUGCUCCGAAUCCGUUGCCCGAAACAACGGAUUGCCCCUCUAAUUCAAGACAUGUUAAAUCAGACGCACGGCUACCAAGAUAUUCCAGCUUCAACCAAGGCAAAUCUGAAUGCCCUAGCGAAACAGUGACCCCAUACGUUCCGCCAACUCCUCCAAGAUCGGAAUCGCCCACCAGUCUAUCGCCUAUUCCACCUGGGAGCCUUUGCAAGAUGACCACUUUCGACGGAAAGAAUCUCGGCCUAGUGUCCACACAGAAGAUCGAAAAAGAACAACUGCUCCACCUAUACGCUUAUACAACUAUACCCUUGGGGACAGAAAUAACAGUAUCUUAUAUUGACGACGUCACAUGCCUCACCUCCGAAAGGCAAACUCAGCUCUUACUGGGCCAUGGUUUCGAAUGUCUAUGUCCAUCAUGCACUCAAACGGCCUCUCAAAUAGCCAUUUCGGAUAAGAAUUUGAGGAUGUAUCAAGCGUUGAGAUCGAAAUGGACUACUUCACCUAUGAGUGUUUUUGGUAAAUCACUGCGAAACGCACUGAAGAAUCUGGAUUUAGCAUUGGAUAUCCUCAAGCAGGACAAGAAAUACGACGAGUUUGGUGAAGUCUACGAUCAGCUAUUCACACUGUUUGCGGUCCAUGGCCGAAGACAGGACGCACAGGAUAUGGCAAGAAGAGCCUUGGAGCAUUAUUCAACGGUUUGGGGAAGGGAUAAAGCGUUAAUGGGAACAGACUACGGGGAGUUGAAGGAAGAUCCCACCCUGCACGAAGAAUGGGGGUCAUUAAUUGUAGGGGCGGAGCAAGAGAAGGUCAAGAAGAAAAAACUUGUAUAA